UCUCCUGUUCUGCAGCUUUCCGGGACGAGCCUUGUUGUUUUGUGGGAUUCAAUCUGCAGAAAUGGCUACAGCUGGUAAGGUCAUCAAGUGCAAGGCAGCAGUGGCCUGGGCGCCCAACAAGCCGCUGGUGAUCGAGGAGAUUGAGGUUGCUCCUCCUCAGGCCAACGAGGUUCGCAUCAAGAUUGUGGCAACAGGGGUGUGCCACACAGACUUGUAUCACCUUUUUGAGGGGAUGCACAAAGAUGGUUUCCCAGCAGUUCUUGGCCAUGAGGGAGCUGGCAUUGUAGAAAGCGUUGGACCUGGUGUCACUGAAUUUCAACCAGGUGACAAAGUUAUACCCUUGUUCAUCUCCCAGUGUCGAGAAUGUCGCUUCUGUAAAAAUCCUAAGGCCAAUCAGUGUAACAAGGGAUGGACUGCUGAACGUCACGAUGUGAUGGCCUUAGAAGACUCCAGGUUCACCUGUAAGGGGAAGAAGGUCCUGCAGUUCAUGGAAACCAGUACCUUCUCUGAGUACACCGUGAUCAAUCAGAUUUCUGUGGCCAAGAUUGAUCCUGCCGCUCCUUUGGAUAAAGUUUGCCUCCUUGGCUGUGGGGUCUGCACAGGGUUUGGAGCAGCUGUUAAUACUGCUAAGGUUGAACCAGGCUCCACGUGCGCCGUGUUUGGUUUGGGAGCUGUGGGCUUGGCUGCAGUCAUGGGCUGCAAGUUUGCAGGAGCCCAAAGGAUCAUCGCUGUUGAUGUCAAUCCAGACAAAUAUGAAAAAGCCAAAGUCUUUGGUGCAACUGAUUUUGUGAACCCCAAAGAUCACAAUAAGCCCAUCAGCCAGGUGCUUGCUGAGAUGACCAAUGGAGGAGUGGACUACUCCCUGGAAUGUGUUGGGAAUGUGGGAGUCAUGCGCAAUGCCUUGGAGUCUUGUGUGCCAGGUUGGGGUGUCAGUGUGGUUGUUGGCUGGACAGAUAUGCAUGAUUUUUCUGCAAGACCCGUUCAGCUCAUCACUGGACGUACAUGGAAGGGUUCCCUGUUUGGAGGAUUCAAGAGUAAGGAUGGUGUUCCUCAGAUGGUUAAAGCCUACUUGGAUAAGAAGGUGAAGCUGGAUGAGUUCAUCACCCACAACAUGACUUUGGACCAAGUCAAUGAUGCGAUUGAUCUGAUGAAGCAUGGCAAAUGCAUCCGAACAGUCCUGAGUAUUUCUCCACAAUAAGUCAACCUACUAAGAAUUUUUUUUCAAGCAUUUAUAAGUUGAUUCUGCUCAAUAUACACACAAUUUUGAGCAGCCAGCACUAAUCAGGAGAUGUGCACAGCCUAAACAUGUAUCUAAGUCUAUAUUGGCAUAUCUGAACUGUCAGUGUUAAUGGUGCAAAAUAAACCGAU